CGUUUCGAAGCUGCGAGCGUCCUCCUCCUCCUCAAACUAUCUCCUGUAAGCAGCACUGCGAUCAACAAAAGUUGACAAAACGGCAACUUCGCUUUCCACAUUGAUAUUGAAGAACGAUCUUUUUAUAGUUAUUAAAAACGGCAGGCAAAAGGAGUUUCGGACUGACGACUGCGAGUGAGGAAGGGCGCCUGAUCCAGGGAGAGGGAUUUAUUUUCCUUCUGCAUUCCUGAUGGAGUCCUACAGAGUGACGGGCAUUCCUACUAGCGGACCACAGCAGAGUUACACCCAAGCAUCUCGCUCCGUUCGACCCCACAGCAAUGGCGGCACAUACGGUCUGAGCAUCAGAGUCCAGGGUAUAGAUGGACAUCCCUAUGUGGUUCUGAAUAACCAGGACAGAGGUCCUCAGCCCUUUAUUGACCCCGAUAGCAAUGGCUACAUUGAAACAGAGGGCUCUUUUAUUGAAAACUACCAUGAGUAUGAAUUUCGAGGAGACAGGGAGGGUGGGAACAAGAGCCCCUUUGAGGAGUAUAGAUCUCAGAUGAUGCAGUACACUGCCUCUCAAGAUGGCACUGCAGAUACACAAGCAAGGAAAGCGCAAACCCUUCUGAACUUUCAGAGGCAUCCCGAGAUAUUGCAGCCCUAUGAUCCAGAGACCAAUUCUCUGAACUUUAACAGUCUACCUUCAAGGCCGCUUUCCCUUGCUGAGACCGGAACUCAGUCCACAUCCACUGUCUCCGCACCAUACCACGACAGGUCUUCUAGCCUAGAUCGGAACAAAGCUCCUGCACAAUCGAACAAAACUCAGCCUCCGUCUCCGCGCUUGACUGAGACAUCGUUCCAAAACUCCAAAUUACCUUCUCAGUCUUUGGGUCCAACCCAGCAUUCCCAGCCACAGCCCAAGCCGCAAUUAGCUCAGCCGCAGUCCAAACCUCGCCUCAGCAACCAGACGUCACCUCAGUCCAAGUCAUCACUCAAAAGACAGACCCAGGCAUCCGCUGUGUCCAGUCCCACGAGUGAGCAGAAGAAAGCGCAGUACAAGUCCCCCACUUCAGUGAGCAGUGCCAACUCCAGCCUUGAUUGCAAACACCGUGAGCCCGAUGUCCUUCCGUUGAGAAGGUCUGACUCCAGCGGUCCUGUUCUUCAGUUGUCUUCCCGCUCACGCCACUCCUCGUCCUCCUCCACCUCUAAGCUCUAUGCGGAUGACAACCUUGAUGCGCUUUACGCCGACACCAUCAACCGUCACGAGAACCGCCGCUACAUCCCUUUCGUGCCUGGGUCGGGCCGAGACAUUGACAAGGGCUCCAUUCCCGGUGUCGAUGAGCUUAUUGAGAAAUUUGACGGCAAAGACGGCAGCUACCACCGCCGUGGAAGGGCCGGGCGAAGAAACCGGAUCAGUCCAGAAGAUAGGAAACGCUCACACAGUGUGGAUAGCGCCUUCGGCUGGGUGGAAGGAUCAAGACCCCUUGAUGAAACGAGUCGUCGUCGGGGCACAUCGAUGGAGCACGUCCUGCGGCCUUCCCAGCUCCGGAUGGAGAGGGCAGCUGGUAAUCAGGACCCCUGGUUCAUGAUCAACCCCAAAGCAACAUCUCGAGUCACAAGUGCCCCUGGAUCUCCCCAGAGCACCUUCUCUAAAGGUGUAGGCUACAUCCAGGGAUACCAAAAAAGCCAAAGCCAUUCUGCAGUUGUUACACUCAAGAAUCGAGACUCAGUGGACAGUGCGUCGUCAUCAGCAGGCAAGCUGUCAACAUCUUUAUCCAAGUCCACAACUGGUGGGAAAAAAGUCAGCACAGACACUGAUGUACAGGCAACACCAGAUCUCCUGAAAGGUCAGCAGGAGCUUUCACAACAAACACACGAAGAGACAGCAAAGCAAAUUUUGUUCAAUUACCUAAAGGACGGUAGCACCGAUAAUGAUGAAACAACCAAGAGAAAGGUCAACCUGGUCUUUGAGAAGAUUCAAACGCUGAAGUCUCGAGCCACGGCAGGCCCUCCUGAUGAAAAAGCCUUGGGCCUGUCUGCACAUACCAAAGCCCUGCAGGAGCAAAACACUGCACUGGAGAAAAGAAUGGCCGAACUGAAACAACAACUUCAAGAACAAAGAAUGAAAAACAAGACGGACAGCACGGCGGCUUCAAGAUUGAAGGAGCUGCAGCGGGAACUAGACCGGACUACAGAUGAGUGCAAAAGCUUGAAGGAAAAACUGGCCAAAACCGAGACUGAACUCCAGAGCACCCUUGAAGAGCUGUUCCAGGUGAAGAUGGAGAGGGAGCAAUACCAGACAGAGAUCCGAGACCUGCAGGACCAGUUAUCGGAGAUGCACGACGAGCUGGACACGGCCAAGACGACGACUGCUGGUGAUGACGAGAGAGAGGCCAUCAUGGCGGACAUAAUGCAACUGAAGAUGGAGUUGCAAGAGGUUCUCGUGGCCAAGGAAGAGCAGGAGGAUGUUCUGAGGAAGCGUGAAAGGGAGCUGACGGCUCUGAAGGGGGCCCUGAAGGAGGAAGUGGCCGCUCACGAUCAGGAGAUGGACAAGAUGAAGGAGAAGUAUGAAAAGGAGAUCAGUCGGCUGCACAGGUCCUUGGAGGAGGCCAAGCAGAGCAGCACGGCGGUCGUCCAAGAGAAGGCUGAAAUGGAGGCAGCCAAGGGCACGCUGGAGGGCCAAGCGGAUCGUCUGAGCCAAGAGGUGGAACGGCUGCGCAAGCGGGCGCAAGAGCUGGAAAACGAAGUGGCCAAACUCAACCGCAUCAUCGACGAGGCUAAGCUGCAGGAGAGCAGGCUGGGAGACCGAGUGGCACGGAUGGAGAAAGAGAAGAAGCAGCUGGAAGAGUCUUUAAAUGAAAUCAAGGAGCAAGAAGAGGAAAUGUCUCGUGCUAACCGAGCUUUGACGUUACGACUUGAAGAUGUACAGAGGAACUUUUCCAAGAUGAUCGGUGAGCACAAGCAGUUGGAGGAGCGUCUUCAAGAGGAGAAGCUACAGAAGGAGCAGUUUAAGAAUAUGAAGAAUGACAUUGAGGACGAAAGGCGGCUGCUGGACCGAACGGUGGAGAAACUUCAGAAAGAGAUGAACGACAUCGUGGACGCGUCCCAGUCGUCAACACGGGAGUUGCAGGAACAAAUUGACAUUUACAAGGAAAAGAACCGGCGGGAGCUGACGGAGCUGCAGAAGCUCCUUAAGGAGCGAGGCCAGGAACUCGACAAGUACCUGCUGGCUGCCCAAACGCUGCAAGAGGAGCUGUUGCGCCGAGAGGAUGAUCUACGUCGUUGUGAGCAGGAGCGAGAUGAGGCUGUGCUCAAUGAGAAGAUGUUGGAGAAGAAAGUUAAUGAACUGGAGGUAGCGGUGAAGACCAACACUCACUCGAAAGAUGAUAAGACUCGACAGUUCAAACUCAUGGAGGACAGAAUCGCUCAGCUGGAGUUGGACUUGGACGAGGAGCGUCAGAAUGGAGACCAGCUGAUGGACAGGCUCGACCGAGGGAGAGAGCAGGUGGACCAAAUGAGGAAUGAACUCAUGCAGGAGAGGGCUGGCCGGCAGGAGGCCGAGUGUGACAAGAUGGCUCUGGAGAGACAGAGCAAAGACCUGAAGAACAAACUGGCUGAUCUGGAGGGCUCGCAAAAGUCCGGCAAAGUAGGCCAGGUUGCGCAGCUGGAGGAUCGCAUUCAUGAGCUGGAGGAGCGUCUGGAGGCGGAGGAGAGGGAGCGGGCCAACCUGCAACUGUCCAACCGUCGGCUAGAGAGGAAGGUUAAAGAAGUGAUGAUGCAAGUGGAGGAAGAACACCACAGCAUGCAGGAUCAAAAGGACCAAUUGAAUCUGCGCUUGAAGGCCCUGAAGAGGCAGAUGGACGAGGCUGAGGAGGAGAUUGACAGACUGGAGCACAGCAAGAAGAAGCUACAGAGAGACUUGGACGAGCAACAAGAAACAAACGAGCAGCUGCAGAAUCAGCUCAAGUCUCUACGCAGUGAGAUGAGGCGUAAGAGCACCUCGGCACCGCUGCUCAACAACCUGGACGACGACGACGAUGACGACGAUGACAUCAGCACGGACGGGGAGACGUAUUUUAGCUCCACUUCCAGCUACAAGCGCUCGUCCAGUCAAGACAACCUCUUGUCCACCUUCAGCAUGUAGGGGAGUAAACAAACAAAUGUUACGACGCUGAACUUGACUGUUGGACCAAAUGACUGCGCUGAAAUGAUUUCCAUCCGCCAGUGGGAUAUCAUUGAAUUGCUUCAGUAUUAUUUGAGCAGCUCCGGGGUCAUUGAAAGAGAUGUCAAUACUUUUGAGUUGGUUUGUAUUUUCCAGCAUUCAAGUGUGGCCAGAAUAUGAAUAGCCAACUUGAAUGGACUGCACACGACUGCCUCUGCAUGACAUUCCCUCUAUUUUUAUAACUCUUAUCAAAUGUCUCACUAUCUUUUUUUUUUUUUAAUACUGCUCUUUUAAACGGAAUGUACUUUUAAUGAGCGUAAGAAGAAAGGAUUUUUUUUUUAUUUAUUCAUGUCUAUAUGAACAAAAAAAUCCUAGCUUCAUUAACGCUUUUUGGGAAUAUUAAUGAGGGAGGGACUUUGUACACACAUUUUUUUUUUUAUGUUUUUAUAUCAGCCUCACAUCUACUGAAGUCUUUCUUUACUCCCAUUACGCAAUUGACAGACAAUGUACUUUAACUGCCUCUUAUUCAGUCGAAUGAACAAAUCAAUAACUGCUUACCUUUAUUUUUUUGUGGCAAUCAGUUGUUUGUGUUCCCCAAAUAUUCCUGAUGGAAUGUGACAAAACUGACAAUCAAAAGUGUUGCAUCACUGUAAGAAUUAUUUGCACUGCCUUUAAUGAAGCAAUAGGCUGCAAAGUGGGUUGAAAGCUAAUUCCUGCCACUACCUCUCUGUACUGUUCUGCUGUGACUUCAAUAAACCUGCUUCCAUCUUAUCGAA